UUUAUAGUUAUUUAUUGAAGACCUUUUGAGGUGUCAAAAAUUCGUGAAAUAAUUUAGGAUUAAAGGAAAAAUGAGCACCAUAGACCCCGCAGUCGCCCAAGAGCUAGAAUCUUUAUCGCGUCACCGCGCGAUAGACGAAGCUAUAGCGCGGGGUGAUUCGGCGGUGCAGGAGUUUUACAAAAAUGCAGUUAUAUUCGUCACCGGCGGCUCUGGGUUUCUGGGGAAGCAGCUUAUCGAGAAAUUGUUCAGGUCAUGUGACAUCAAAAGCGUAUAUCUUCUACUUCGUGAGAAGAAGGGACAAACUUCACAGGAGCGAAUUGCCAAGAUCUUUCAAGAUCCUGUAUUUGAGAUCCUGCACAAACGCAAGCCCGACUUCGUGUCGCGCGUGACGCCGGUCAAUGGCGACAUCACACAACUGCGCAUGGCGAUUAGCGACCAGGACUGGUACACGAUGGUCAAUGAGGUGACCGUGAUUUUCCACGCAGCGGCGACCAUCACCUUCGAUGAGCCUCUACGUGUGGCGACCAGAACCAACGUACGGGGGACCAUGCAGGCCUUACUGCUGGGAAAGGACUGCAAGAACCUCAAAUCGUUCGUACACGUGUCCACGGCGUACGCGCACGCCACCCACAGCCGCAUCGGGGGCACCGUGCGCGAGGACUUCUACGACAGCCCCGGCGACCCCCGCACCAUGGUGGACCUGGUCGAGCAGCUGAGUGAGGAGAAGCUGGCUGCCAUUAAACCUAAGUUGAUCGAGGACUGGCCUAACACCUACGCCUACACCAAAGCCCUGGCCGAGGAGGCUGUGAGGACCAUGUCAGGGGACCUGCCCAUCUGCAUCGUCAGACCCGCCAUAGUCAUAGCAUCGAACCUGGAGCCUAGCCCUGGCUGGGUUGACAUGAGCAGUGUCUAUGGACCUAGUGGGCUCCUCCUCGGCUCCGGUCUUGGCGUCAUGCACACCUUCAUGGCCGAAGACGGCGCCAAAAUCGACCUAAUUCCCGUGGACUACGUGAAUAACGCCACCAUAGUAGCUGGCUGGGCCACGGCAGAACGCCGCAAGAACGGACAGAAGGAUAUUAAGAUAUAUACCGUGUCGCCGGCUAGAAACCCUAUUACGUGGCGUAAGUAUAUAAUGGACUAUGUCAAUAAUGCAACCAUAGUAGCUGGCUGGGCCACGGCAGAACGCCGCAAGAACGGACAGAAGGAUAUUAAGAUAUAUACCGUGUCGCCGCUGGCUGGGCCACGGCAGAACGCCGCAAGAACGGAUAAAAGGAUAUUCAGAUAUAUACCGUGUCGCCGGCUAGAAACCCUAUUACGUGGCGUAAGUAGGUAUAAUCCUAAUUCCCAUGGAGUGGACUAUGUCAAUAAUGCAACCAUAGUAGGUGGCUGGGCCACGGCAGAACGCCGCAAGAACGGACUGAAGGAUAUUAAGAUAUAUACCGUGUCGCCGGCUAGAAACCCUAUUACGUGGCGGGAGAUAUUAAAUAUAAUGUUCACGAAAGUAUACUACUGCGCAAGUUCGCCGAAAGCGGUGUGGUACGUAUUCGUACACCACACCAGCCGCUGGUGGGUGUUCUGUCUGCUGACUUGCCUGAUGCACUUCAUCCCUGGAUAUCUGGCGGACGGGGUUCUGACGAUGCUUGGCAAGAAACCUAAAGCGAUGAAAUUAUACCAACUGGCGUUCAACCUAUCUUCUGUGCUGGCUUACUUCACCUGCCAUGAGUUCCACUUCCAGGACGACAAUCUAGUGAAGUUACACAACAGUUUAUCCAAAACAGACCAAGACCUAUACAACUUCGAUGUAGAGAAGAUGGACUGGACCCAGCAAAUGAUCACGUGGGCCAUCGGCUUGAGGAAGUACAUCAUCAAGGAUGGCCUCAAGGACACGGAGUAUGCCGUCAAAAAGCAGAGGGUGCUUCAAUUGCUGAGCUACGGAGUCGGCGCGCUGUACCUCUACGCGAUAUACAAGCUGAUUACAUUAGUCUGUUGGGUUGUUUGUCUGUUUGUUGCUAUGUUUUAAAUAAAUCACGGGUUU